CCCCUCCGCAGUCAACGCCUCCGCGUCAGAUCUCGUCGCGCGCGCCCGGUCCCUUGUUCCGCCACGCGCACACACCACCCGCCAGCCUCAACAACAACAACAACAACACCAAGAACAACAACAACCACACCACCUCACCUAGGUCUCUGUCCACGCGAGAGCGGACAUGAAGUCGUUCCGCCGCUCGCAAGGUCAUGGCAACGGCCACUCGCAUUCCAACUCGCACGGGCAGGCGGGCCCAAGCUCUGGCUUCCGCCCGCCCGUCCCCAACGGCCCCGCCCCAGCCUUUGCCAAUCCUCUCUCUCGGCCUACGGAGCGUGUAGCACCGCCCCAGAAGGUUAUCAAGGCUCUCGCGAGCCACCGCAGCACCAACCCCCAGCAACUCAGCUACUCCAAAGGCGACUUUUGGUAUGUCAUCGGAGAACGCGACGAGUGGUACGAGGCAUUGAACCCCAUCACCUCAUCGCGCGGUCUCGUUCCGAAGAAGGACUUUGAGGAGUUUGCAAAGGGUGGACGCCAGCACCAGGUCGGGCAACCUACUUCGCCCACCGCGCCCUCAAUUCCGGAUCACACCCGAUCUCUCUCCAAUUCGCACGCUCUUCCAUCCAACAGUCCCAUGCACUCGCCAACUGCCAUGAUGGGUCCGACGUCAGCACCCACCACUCCAGGCAACAAGCGUGUGUCCCCCUUGUACGCUAUUGUGCAGUAUGACUUCCACGCCGAGCGCCCCGACGAGCUCCAGGCCAAGGCGGGAGAGCCUAUCGUCGUUAUCGCGCAGAGUAACCAUGAGUGGUUCGUCGCAAAGCCCAUCGGCCGCUUGGGUGGCCCAGGCCUGAUUCCUGUGACGUUUGUCGAGAUCCGUGACCCAGUCACUGGCUUAAGACUCGACUCGUUCCCCACCAACAUUCCACAGGUGGAAGAGUGGAAGAAGGCGACGGCCGAGUACAAGGCUGCCGCCAUUCCACUCGGCCGACUCGACCUUCCACCCGACCAACGCGUUACCAACUCACCGUUCCAAGCGCAGGCGAACUCUCAAGGCGGUGGUAGCGCAGUGCCAUCUAACCGGGCGUCGCAGCGGACACAGGCUUCUCAGCGGACGCGCUCGUCCGCGGGCAGCGCGACUGGCCUCGGCGCCGGACCUGUUGUUGGCGGUGUGGCUGCUGGCGUGACACGCCACCACCCCGAGCCUCCGCACCCGGAGCCACAGCCAGCAGCACAGGCUGCCGACGCAGAGCCAAUGCUGCCACUCGGAGAGCUUACCGAGUUGGGCGUGCCCUCGUUCCAUAACGAAUCUGGCAACUACUGGUUCAGACUUCAUGCUGUCCAUGUUCCGGAUGAACCAUCGGCGCCUGCGUCCAAGCUCAUUCUUUAUCGAACGUACGAGGACUUCUACGACUUCCAAAUCGCACUCCUCGACACGUUCCCUGCCGAGGCCGGUCGGCCCGAGCACGAGGGCGAGGCGCCGCCUCCACGAAUUCUGCCUUACAUGCCGGGCCCCGUCGAUGAGGCCAUUGACGACGAGCUCACCGAGUACCGCCGUGAUGAGCUUGACGCGUACGUGCGCGCGCUUCUCGAUCUGCGGGGCGCGGAUGCAGGCUACAUCCUGCGGCACGAGCUGAUCCGCUCCUUCUUUGCCGCAAAGUUCGGCGACUACUCGGAGGAGAUUACACGCGAGCAAGGCAUGGAGAAUCUGCAGAACCUUGCGCACCGCAUGAGUGCUAUGAAUCUGGGCGGUGGACACCAGCCCCACCACGUCAACAACCGCUCCCUCGACCAGAGCCCGAUGCCGGUGUCACCGGGGCCGCAGCAGUCGCCCGUUGUCGCCUACAACAAUGGGCAUGCGUAUGGGGGGCACGGACAUGGACACACGCGCAGCGCGAGCCGGGACAUUGCGAGUUCGCAAGGUCACGGGCGUCAGAUGUCGGGACAGCAGGUGCACGCGCCGCAGGUGGGCCACUGGGCGAAUUCGCCUGGACCAGCGUCUGGACCAGCAUUUGCCAACCACCACGCUGUGCCCACGCCGCCGAUGCCAAGCGCACCUGCGCCUCCGCCGCCAAACCCACGGUCGGGUGCGGCAUUCGUCAAAAUCAAGGUGUACGACAAGGCAACGGAUGACCUGAUCGCCCUCCGCGUCCACCCGCAGGUCACGUACGCCGAGCUGCUAGAGAAGGUGCGCGCGCGUCUUGGACCCGACGUCAACGUGCUCUCGUACAAGGUCGGGGGCACGAGCGGGAGCGCUGCGGCCGGCGCACAGGGGCCGACGCAGGCGAUCCGCGACGACCGCGACAUGGCCGAGUGGAUGGCGGUCGAGGACCAGCGGUUGAUCCUGUAUGCGGAGCAGUGAUGUUCACGAAGUCUAUGAUGUCCGCGAUGUCCUCGAGAAGGGACACUGAAACGGCGGCCAGAGAUGACCAGUGCAGUGGAAUAGAGCAGAGUUGUACAGUAGUGUCGUCGCAGUCACGACGUUACGAGUCAUGUCGGGAAGUAGAU